GUAUAUUUUAAUAGUAGUCUUAAAACAGUAGCCUAGUUUGAGCUAGAUAAAAACUGAACUGUCUACCUGCAAAAUAUGUAUUAACUUGACCUGCCAGAUGUUUUUUUAUCGCGAGAGUUCCAGCUGCUGUGUGCAAGGUUAUGAAAGACAGCCAAAUUCAUACACCAGGGAUUGACGGUGAAUUAAUUCUGUCCAGUGAGUUCAAACCCAGAGACCCAGAAACCCAGAAAUACAAUACAAGUGGCUUCAGGGAGGAUUGAGCUGCUCUGCAAACUGCCCAUGGAGGACCUGCCCACUGCCUGACUAGAUUCUACCAACUUCAGGUGCUCCAUCCUGCGGUGAGCCUCCAAUGAUGAACCCACCCACCUGCCUGAUGAACUUGUACUUCAGAGCAAUGAGACCUCCAGUUUUCUGCCAUGGUGUUUACUCUGAGGCUGCCAAAGGAGGAAAGAGAGGGGAUCCAUUUGUCCCAAGCCCUGUGGAGGCCUACACCAGCCGUCUCAUUCAUUACAAGCACCAUGCGUCCAGUCAGACGUACAGGCGGGCAGGACACUUUCACACAAAAAGGGUGUUUCAGGAGCAAUCGGAGAGAGAGCAGUGUGGUGGAAGAUGUCUGCGGAGGGAAGGGAUGCGUCACUGGAUUAGUGCCUGAGAAUCUGCCCCAGCCUCUUCCUCCUGAGCUGCUCGAGACGCCUCCAGAAGGGCACGACGCUCGCCGCUGCUCGCUUUCCCCCUCCACCAAGCCUUCCACAUGAGCCAGCCAAGCCUUGCCUCGCCACCAGGAUGAAGAAAGAAAAGAAAACGCAUGCUUUACUGUUUCUCCUCAUGCUUCACUUCACCUCAGCAAGGCAAUCAGACUAUGCUCCAUAUUUUUAUGAUAAUGGACCCAGCAGUACACAUGGGAAUAUGGCCUUGUUCAGCAUCUCAGAGGAUACACCAGUUGGGACACAGAUCUACAUUCUGAACGGUACAGAUCCAGAGAGCGAUCCGGUGCGAUACGGUCUGACUUUCGAAAAGGGCUCCAAAGAAUAUUUUAGGGUUGAGUCCAAAUCAGGAAACGUGACUCUGAUUCAGGAGCUCGACAGAGAGAAACAACAUGAAAUCUCAGUGCUCGUGAGCAUAACGGACGGUCGCAAUAAAGUUGUUGAGACAGUUCGAGUGUUUGUCACCGACUCCAACGAUGAACCACCUGAAUUUCUAAACCUGCCUUUCAUCAUUGACAUCCCAGAGGAUUCUGCUCCAGGAAGUAGCAUCUACAGAGUCCAGGCAGUGGAUAGAGAUAUGGGCUCAGGAGGCAGCGUCUCAUAUUAUUUACAGACCUUGCCGUUUGCCAAGUUUACCAUCGACGGGCACAGCGGCAUCCUGAGAGUCAAACCUGGCGAGACUUUGGACUACGAGACGACGCCCACCCACUUUGUGACGGUGGUUGCAAAGGAUGGAGGUGGAAAGUACAAGGGGAAGCACCAGGUGUUGACCUCCACCGCCACCAUCACAAUCAAUGUACUUGAUUCCCAGGACAUGCCUCCAUCCUUCAUAGGAACCCCUUACUUUGGCUACGUCUACGAAGUCUCCGUUCCUGGUUCUGAAAUAUUCACUGUGUACGCUAAAGAUGGAGAUCAAGGCGACCCUAACUCAAUCCAUUACUCCAUUAUGAAUGGUAGUGAUGGUGUCUUUGACAUAAAUAGCACCAGUGGAUGCAUCACCCUGACAACUUAUCCAACUCUGCUGACAAAUGAAUUAUAUGAGAUUAUAGUCAAGGCGUCUGAGUUAGGACCAAACAACAAUCUGCAGGACUACGAUGUUACCACGGUGACGGUCCGGGUGGUGGAUCUCAACAACCAUCCUCCGACCUUCUACGGGCAGAACGGACCACAGAGCAAGUUCGAGGUCACCAUGUACGAGCAUCCUCCCGCAGGGGAGAUCCUCCGAGGCUUCAAGAUCACCGUCAAUGACUCUGAUCAGGGAGCAAACGCUAAAUUUAAACUGAGACUAGUGGGGCCGAGCCGAGUGCUGCGAGUGGUCCCCCAGACGGUCCUCAAUGAAGCGCAGGUGACCAUCAUUGUGGAAGACACAUCUGGCAUCGACUAUGAGAAGGGGCAAACCCUUUCUUUUAAGCUGCUGGCGGUGGAGAUCGACACUCCCGAGCGGUUCAGUGCGACAGCUGACAUAGUGAUCAACCUGCUGGACACCAACGACAACAUCCCCAAGUUCACGUCCGAGUAUUACAUCGCCAGGGUCCCGGAGAACUCUCGCGGAGGCUCCAGCGUUGUGUCCGUAACAGCAAAUGAUCCAGAUUCAGGGCCUUGGGGUGAAGUCAAAUACACGAUUUAUGGAUCAGGAUCGGAUUUGUUCUCCAUCCAGCCGUCGUCAGGCCUCAUCUCCACGCAGCCCUGGACCAGCCUGGACGCAGAGGUCAGGUCCAAAUACAACUUCUACGUCAAGGCUGAAGAUUCGGAGGGGAAGUACAGCUUGUCUGAAGUCUUUGUCACCGUCCUCGAUAUGAACGACCACACUCCAGCUUUUGAUGAAAACCUCCUGGAGAAGACAAUGAUUAUUGGAACACCUGUCAGAGUAGAGGCAGUGGAUGAAGAUGCAGAGUCUCCGAACAACGUCAUCGAGUACUCCAUCAUGACGGCCGAUCCUGACAACGCGUUUGAUAUCAACACAGACACCGGGGAGAUCAAGCUGAAGCCGUACAUCAAGUCCAUGGAGAUCGUGCAGAACAUCACCAAGGAGAAGGACUGCAAGUGGUCUCUGGUGGUCCAAGCCCGGGACAGAGGCUCGCCAUCCUUCAGCACAACGGCCGUGGUCAACAUCGAUAUCACAGAGGCGACUCCUCUCAAGGGGCCUAUGGCGGCCUUUUUAAUGAAAAGUAGGGACAAUCCUAUGAGAGCUCUAGGCAUGGUCACUGUUAUCAUUAGCAUAUUGGUAGGGGUGACUGCCUUGAUCUCUGCAGCUAUGUACUUGCGCAACUCGAAGUCGAACAGGAUCAUGCCGGCACGUCGCAUCAUUAAGAGGCGACCCAGGGACCAGCAGCCCUGGACUUUCAACAUGCCCCUUGUCAGAUUCAACAACCCUGCAGAUAAGUUCCUUAUUGUCAACCAAGAGAGAAGCCCCCAGCGGGGCACCAGCAGCGCACGGCCGAAGCCUCCACCCCCUAGCCCUCCUCCGCCCCCGUGUAACAUGCGGCCCAAUGAGAAGCCCCGGGCGGUCCCGACAAUAUCCGGCAUGCUGACCUCCAAGGGGUCCAAAAUAGCAAAAUCGAAUCGCCGCAAAGAGGGAAAUGUCAGCUCUGCUUUGGUGUCGGAGCUUAAAAUGAAGCUUGAGCAGAAAAUCAUUGAGAGCAACAAAGGUUAUUAUUAACUCCGUCACACAAACGUCUUGUUUAAGGUUCUUUGACGACUCCACUGCUCAUCUACUGCCCGAGAGUUCUCCUUCCUUCAUGUGAUGAUCUGGUAGGGUGGGCCUACCUGUAGAUUAUUCAUGAUUAAAUGGUAAAAAGGGGUGUAACAGGAAGGUUUACAGAUAUUUAUGUCUUAAGCGGGCAUCCUCCAUUGACCUGGCUUAGAUAAAGAGAGAGAGAGAGAGAGAGAGUCUCUGGUGCAGUGGAAGAUAAUUCACACUGCCAUCUUGAGGAAGAUUACACCAUCUUAAGAAGCACCAGGGAGAGGAUUACUAAGACUUACUGUGUAUACAUAAGUUGAAUAACUUCCUGAAAAGUGUAUAAAAACGCAGAUCUAGGAUUUAACCCGAUAAAUCCUACUAUAAAAACGUUUCUUCUCGCUCACUGGGGGCGUGCAGCUGAAUGACACGGUCAUGAAAACAUGCUUCUUAUAAAGUGCUAAAGGACCCGUGUGUUAAUAUUUUUACUGUUACAUCAGCCGCUCAAGAGCUGAGCGGUUGCUCUUUUGUAUGAUUACAAUGUGCCACUGUAGGUUUUCACGGUUAAUACGAGCUAACAGAGUUGCGUUUAUUUCUUUUGAGUGUGUUAUUCUAGAAAAAAUGCUUUUAUAUAAAUAACAUGGGUCCAUUUUAAAUGUGUAUAUAUAUGCAUAUAUAACAAGAUAUGAACAUUUCCCUGUUGUAUCUUGCAGCAGUAAAGAACAUACAGUACAAAUGAAACCAUCUAACUCCACUUAAGAUUUUCAAGCACAGAUCACUAUGUAUAUAACCUUUCCUUUAUAGAUAUAGAAAUAUAGAGUCUGUGUCGAACAUUUAGGUUCCUCUCACAGUUACUUUCCAUGUUACUCAAUGCCUUCAAAUGUAGGCAAAUACAAUUAGAGUCCUUUAAUUGCUGUAAUCAUCAUGUAUCUGACUAUAUCUUAACUUAUAACUAUCUGAAAUGAGUUGAGAUUAACUAUAUAUCUUAACUAUAAAUUACACUUGCCUGGUCCUUUGAAGUAACAUAUUUGUACCGUCUUUGUACUGUCUUGAUUUUGAAUAAAUAUUUGAAAAUAA